AUGGCCAGCCGGACUGGCUCCCCUGCCCUUCACACGUCGCGCAAGCAGCAGCCCUCGACCGCCGGGGCCAGCUCGGCCCGCUCGUCGCCCAAGCCCGCCGGCACCCCUCCGCCUCCUGCCGCCGCCGCCGCCGCCUCGAACGCGCCGCAACAGCCCCUGCCCGACCUCGACCAGCUCCUCAACCUCCCGAUACGCGUCAAGGUCGCCGCGGCAGGGCCGGGCGUGGCGGCGCGCGACGUCGAAGGGUCGCUGUUCGCCGUCGACUCGUCGUUCAUCGUGCUCGCGGCGGCACCGGCGGGCAGCAGUGCGGGCGCACCAGCAGGAGCGGCGGCGGCGGCGGCGGCAGGAGCGGCGGGCGCAACGGCGCCGAAACGGACGUUCCACUUCCUCAAGACGUCGACGCUCGAGUCGGUCACGGUCCUCUUGCGCACGGCCGACCCUUCCCUGCCCGCUCCUUCGACGCCGCUCUCGUUCGCGCACCUGCCGCGCACGCCCGCCGACGUGUCGCACGCCGUGUCGCGCGCGCUCGCGGCCCAGGCGCGCCUCGCGCCCGCCGGCGUGUCGGCCGACGCCCAGAAGCUGUUUGACGCGCUCGCGCGCACGCUCCCCGUGAGGUGGGCCGGCGAGAGCAUCGUCGUCCUCGACGAGGUCGUCGUCGACAAGCCGUACGGCAUCGCCAGCGUCAAGGGCGCAAAGGGCUCGGCCGAGCGCGUCGAGCGCGUGCGGAAGAUGCUCGAAGGGAUCCGGAACCGGUUGGGUCUGACGACGCCGCAGCCGGCUGCGUAGCUCGUCGCCCUCUCGCAAUGCAGUCGUCGAGAGCAC